AUGGAGACAUCGAUCGCGAAUGCUUUCUCGCUCGAGCAGUCGCCGGAAAACCUUCUCCUUCGCACUCGAAAAUCCUCCGUCCAAUCGCUUUCCGAUUCCAUCGAAUCCAUCAUCCCGCGCGAGGUAAACGUAAACGUGGCGUGCACUCUUGACCCUAAAUCGUGGAUAACUUUUCUCACGCGACGACCCGAACCUUGGUGGUGGUCGUCUUCUUCUUCCGCGACGCCUCGAAGUUCCAGCGGGGCGGAAAGUAUCACCGAAUCAUCAUCCGUCUUCGUACACGCGUGCUUUCGAAACAUUAUUUUACUUAAUUGUGCAGAAACUGUCGAAAAGAAAAUCUCCAAAAUUCUUCACUUCGAGAGGAGUGCGCUCAAAGAACAGAGCAUCAUGAGGCCAUCGGCGGCCCGAACGUCGUCGUCGCCGCCCCACAUUGUUCCUUUGUUAACGGACGACGAUUCAGACGACGAGAACAAACGCUUAGACAGGGAGUUGCACAAAGAUUUAGUCAACAGUUUAAGAGAUACGGGAGUGUACGACUUUGCGAACGAGUUCGACAUCUUGCCCCAGUCCUCCUCUCCCAACGACAACAACAACAAAGGAGGAGAAAGAGGACACGGAGGAGCGGAUGUAUCGUCACCUUUGAAAGGGAUGGUGGUAGAGGGCAAUCGGAGCAGCCAAGCGCAUCAAUAUCACAGACGUGGUGGUAAUGAAAGCGGUUUCAGUCCUCCGUCUUCGUCGAUGAUUGACCACGACGCGGGUGGACGACACCGGCCGUUAACCGGUUUAGCUCGGGACGGGUCUCCCGCGACGGUGUUUGGCGGGAAGAUGGGCACGAGUCCGCCGAUGAGCGCGAGGCGGAACGCGAAUAAUCUCUCGUCGUUGUCGAAGGGGAUGACGAAUAAUACUAAUAGCGGUGGUAGAGGCGACGAUCGUCGAGUGCGGCCACCGUUGUUUGCAACAAAUACUGUAACAGCGAGUACCAACGACGCUUUGACGAAAGAAAAUGACGCAAUAAUAGGAGCUAAACAACAAGUAGAACAAAAAGACCCGUACGAUGAGAAAGAAGCGAACGAGGCUCGAGACGCGAGCACGAAGUUAUUGGUACAGAUUGCGGAGUAUUUAGAGAGCACGAAGACGGAGGAGGAAAGAGAGCUCGAGGAAAAGAGAAAGGAAGCAGCCUCUGGGAGGAAAAGAAAGACGCCGGUGAAAAAGAGCGGCGCUGCCGUGAAAAAAGAGGAAGAAGAAAACGACGUCGUUGGAAAUAACGCGAUGAUAAUGUCGACGCCGCCGCCAUCGUUGUCGAGGAAAGGUUCCAACGCCGCGGCGACGACGACGCCAAACGUGAACGCGACGCCGCAACAAAUCAAAGGUGGAUUGAAAUCUUUCGCCAUGAAAGUGUGCGAAAAAGUGAAGGAAAGAGGCACGACCACGUACGAUGAAGUUUCCGAUGCGCUCGUGGCAGACGUGUUAGCCGAACGAGAAAAGGAAGGAAUUCCUUUAUCCAUAGGUGGCGGAUCGAACAGAAAGAAAGUAAAUAAGAAGAAGGAAGAUGAAGAAGAAGAAGAAGAAGAAGAAGAAGAAGAAGGAAACGAGGACGAGGCGAUGACGGAAGGCGAUGGAUUAUCGUCGCCAAUUAGGAGGAACAAAGUUGAAGUGAAAGUGAAGGUGAAAGACGACGAUGAUACAAAAGAGGCAACGAUAGAAGACGACGGAAAGAAGAAGAAGGCGAAUAAAACGCCGCCAUCAAAAUCGGGAACGACAACCCCGCAGGGAACGAAAGAGAAGAAGAAAUCGAAGCGCGCGAAUGAAACCGUCGACGAGAAAAAUAUUCGACGGAGAGUGUACGACGCACUCAACGUGCUCAUCGCCAUCAACGUUGUUUCGAGAGAUAAGAACGAAGAGAAGAAGAAGACAAUCACCUGGAACGGGAUCGGGGAAGAGUUUGGCGAGGCGUUCUUAUACGGCGACCUCGCGGCGCCACCGAGGGAUAAAAACGAAAAACAAGACGAUGCAAAACGAGAAAAGGAUGUAAUAAUGAAGAAGAAGAAAGAAGAAGAAGAAGAAGAAGAAGAAGAACAAAUGAUCAUGAAAAAAGAAGAGCUGACGGUUGAAGAGCAAGAAGAGAAUGAAACGGAAAACAGAGAAACGCGCGAGCGCAUUCGAAAGAAAGCGCUGUAUCUCGCGGAAUUAACCGAACAAUUCGAUGCUCUGUUAUCGUUAGUCCAACGAAACGAACGGAACGAGAUUGAAGCGCAGAAGAAAGUGGCAACGCCGAAAAAAGAAUCGUCGACAAUGGCAGAGGGCGCGACGACGAAGAAAGGUGGUGCAUCUGCGUCGGCGAAGAAAAAGAGCGCUAAAAAAGACAACGUGGAGACAACGACGACAGUCGCGGAAGACGACGACGUUCCAUCCGUGCCAGACGGCAUCCAGUUGCCAUUCAUUCUCGUGCAAACCGACCAAAAAGCAACGGUAGAGGUGGAAAUUAGUGAAGACCAACGCGUGGUACACUUUGAUUUCAACGAGUCGCCGUUUCAAGUCUACGACGGCAACUACGUUCUGAAGCACACCGAAGGCAUACAAACGGAAAUGGCCAAAAUGAAGAAAGAACGCAUGCAACGUCUAGGCGUGAAGAAAUACGACGAGAGCAUAUUUCAAUCUCCCGAGGAGGAAAAGGAAGAGGAAGAAGAAGAGGUGCCGCAAGCGACGACGCCGAAGAAAGCGAAGAGGACGAAGAAAACACCACCGUAA